AUGCCGCUCCGGUUGGAUAUCAAGAGGAAGCUCGCGCAGAGGUCGGAGAGGGUGAAGUCCGUGGAUCUGCAUCCGACAGAGCCAUGGAUUUUGUCGAGUCUGUACUCGGGAAGCGUUUGUGUAUGGAACUACCAGACUCAGACAAUGGUGAAAUCAUUUGAAGUCACGGAUUUACCAGUUCGUUCGGCUAAAUUUAUUGCACGUAAGCAAUGGGUUGUUGCUGGUGCCGACGAUAUGUUCAUCCGUGUGUACAACUAUAACACAAUGGACAAGGUCAAGGUUUUUGAAGCUCACACUGACUACAUUAGGUGUGUGGCUGUUCAUCCAACCCAGCCCUUUGUGUUAUCAUCGUCCGAUGACAUGCUGAUUAAGCUGUGGGAUUGGGAUAAAGGCUGGGCGUGUACUCAAAUAUUCGAAGGGCAUUCUCACUAUGUGAUGCAAGUUACAUUUAACCCAAAAGAUACCAACACCUUUGCCAGUGCUUCCCUGGAUCGCACAAUAAAGAUAUGGAGUCUUGGUUCCCCUGACCCAAAUUUCACACUAGAUGGCCAUUCAAAAGGUGUGAACUGUGUUGAUUACUUCACUGGUGGUGAUCGACCAUACUUAAUUACUGGCUCUGAUGAUCAGACUGCAAAGGUUUGGGACUACCAAACAAAGAGUUGCGUUCAAACACUUGAAGGACAUGCACAUAAUGUGUCUGCUGUAUGUUUCCAUCCAGAGAUACCUAUAAUAAUUACUGGUUCAGAGGAUGGGACAGUUCGAAUGUGGCAUUCUACUACCUACAGGCUUGAGAACACUCUUAACUAUGGCCUUGAGCGAGUUUGGGCUUUAGGAUAUAUGAAAGGGUCAAGAAGGGUCGUGAUUGGAUACGAUGAAGGGACAAUAAUGAUAAAAAUUGGUCGUGAAGUUCCUGUUGCUAGCAUGGAUAGCAGUGGGAAAAUUAUAUGGGCAAAGCAUAAUGAAAUCCAAACUGUUAAUAUCAAGAGUGUUGGUGCAGACAAUGAGAUCGCAGAUGGUGAUCGGUUACCAUUGGCUGUGAAGGAGUUGGGAAGCUGCGAUCUUUAUCCACAAAGCUUAAGGCACAAUCCGAAUGGGAGAUUUGUUGUUGUAUGUGGAGAUGGAGAAUACAUAAUAUACACAGCAUUAGCAUGGAGAAACAGAUCAUUUGGGUCUGCACUUGAAGUUGUUUGGUCAACUGAUGGAGAAUAUGCCGUCAGAGAAAGCACCUCGAGGAUAAAGAUAUACAGUAAAAAUUUCCAGGAGAAGAAAAGUAUAAGGCCAUCAUUUUCUGCUGAACGGAUAUUUGGUGGAGUGUUACUUGCUAUGUGUACAAAUGACUUCAUUUGCUUCUAUGAUUGGGCAGAAUGCAGAUUGAUACGUCGAAUUGAUGUCAAUGUGAAGAAUCUUUACUGGGCCGACAGUGGUGAUUUAGUAACAAUUGCAAGUGAUACAUCAUUCUACAUUUUGAAAUAUAAUAGGGAUGUAGUUUCAUCUCAUUUGGAUGGAGGGGGUUCAGCUGGUGAGGAAGGUGUGGAAGAUGCCUUUGAACUGCUUCAUGAGAUCAAUGAACGUGUCCGCACUGGGCUAUGGGUUGGCGAUUGUUUCAUCUACAAUAAUUCUUCAUGGCGGCUUAAUUACUGUGUAGGAGGAGAGGUCACAACCUUGUUUCACUUGGAUCGGCCAAUGUAUUUACUAGGAUAUCUUGCAAACCAAAGCCGUGUCUAUCUUAUUGAUAAGCAAUUUAAUGUUGUGGGGUAUACUUUACUCCUUAGUUUGAUCGAGUAUAAAACACUUGUAAUGCGUGGGGAUUUUGAUCGCGCGAAUGAUGUUUUACCAUCUAUACCAAAGGAACAAUAUGACAGUGUGGCACGUUUCUUGGAAUCACGUGGAAUGUUGGAGGAAGCCCUCGAGAUAGCAACUGACACUAAUUACAGAUUUGACCUGGCUGUGCAGCUUGGUCGACUUGAAAUUGCGAAGGCGAUUGCUACCGAGGUGCAAAGUGAGUCCAAGUGGAAGCAAUUAGGGGAGUUAGCUAUGUCAAAUGGAAAGCUUGAGAUGGCAGAGGAGUGUCUUCUACAUGCUAUGGACCUCAGUGGUUUGUUGCUUUUGUAUUCUUCCCUUGGGGAUGCUGAGGGCAUUAACAAAUUGGCAUCUGUAGCCAAAGAACAAGGAAAGAUCAAUGUUUCUUUCCUUUGUUUCUUCAUGCUAGGAAAGCUGGAAGAGUGUCUUCAAUUGCUAAUAGAAAGUAAUCGUAUUCCGGAAGCAGCAUUGAUGGCAAGAUCUUAUCUUCCUAGCAAAGUCCCUGAGAUUGUAGCAUUGUGGAAAAAGGAUCUCCAGAAGGUAAACCCAAAAGCAGCAGAGUCGCUUGCUGAUCCUAAUGAGUACCCAAACUUAUUUGAAGACUGGCAGAUUGCUCUCAAUGUAGAAGCUGCUGUUGCCCCGAAAAGGGGUAUCUAUCCACCGGCCAAGGAGUACAUGAUUCAUGCUGAAAGGUCAAAUGAGAGUUUAGUGGAAGCUUUUAAAAAUAUGCAUGUACAUGAAGAGAUGGUACCAGAUGAUAAUGAAGAUACUGUUCAUGAGGUUAUUGAGGAUGGUGGAGUAGAAGAGAGUCAAGAAGAUGCUGUUGAGGUUGAUGCAGAGGAUGACGGAGUAGAAGAAAGUCAAGAUGAAGCUGUUGAGGUUGAGGCUGAGGGUUCAACUGAUGGUGCUGUCCUUGUGAAUGGAAACAGUAGCGAGGAACAGUGGGUGCUGACUCCUGAGCAAUAG